GUGGUAGGAAGCCCCGGCCUCUGUCCCGCCCGAGUGCUGGGGGGAGCGGCGGCCGUGCGGGGAGCUGGCUGGCGGCCGGGACGGGGAUUCUCACUUCCCCUCCGCAACGGCCGGCCGGGGUGCAGGUGCCGCUGAGCCCCGCAGGCGCCGGCGGGCGGGCCCUGUGGACACGCCCUCGCGGGGACUCGGCGCUGCGCUGCCCGGAGGGAGGAAGCGCCAGAGCCGCGGCCGGUGCGAGCGCAGCCGGCGCCCCCUCCGCUCCGGGCAGCGGCCCCCGCGCGCGGCGAGCCGGGCAUGAGAGCGGCCCGGCGGCAUGGCAGCCUCAGGGGUGUUCCGAAGGUGUGACAUUCUCCUGGUGUACAGCGCGGACGCGGAGGAAUGGUGCCAAUACCUCCAGGACCUUUUCCUGUCCAGCCGGCAGGUCCGUGGCCAGAAGACGCUGACUUACCGGCUGGGCCCGGACACUUUCUUCUCAGCUGAGGACCUGACCUUCUUCGUCAGCACGCGCUGCAUCGUGGUGCUGCUGUCGGCGGAGCUGGUGCAGCACCUCGGCCGGCCGGCCCAGCUGCCGCUGCUGCAGACAGCCUUCCGCCCGCCGCAGCGCAUGGUCCGGCUGCUCUGCGGGGUGCAGAACUGCAAGGAGUUCCUGGACUUCUUUCCAGAGUGGGCGCACUGGCAGGAGCUCACCUGUGACGACGAGCCCGAGACCUACGUGGCAGCUGUGAAGAAGGCCAUUUCUGAAGAUUCUGGCUGUGACUCAGUCACCGACACUGAAACUGAGGACGAGAAGGUCCUGCCCUACUCGAAGCAGCAGAGCCUGCCGCUGGAAACUUCACCCGGGAACCUGAUGGUGGUGCAGCCAGACCGCAUUCGCUGUGGGGCAGAAACCACUGUCUACGUCAUUGUGAGAUGUAAGCUGGACGAGAGAGUGACGACCGAAGCCGAAUUUUCUCCGGAGGAUUCUCCCUCCAUCAGGGUGGAAGGCAAGCUGGAGAACGAGUACACCGUGUCCGUGAAGGCUCCCGCCCUUUCAUCUGGGAAUGUUUCUCUGAAGAUAUAUUCCGGGGAUUUAGUGGUGUGCGAAGCCAGUAUCAGCUAUUACACUGACAUGGAAGAAAUCGGGAAUUUAUUGUCCAAUGCUGCGAAUCCUGUGGAAUUCAUGUGUCAGGCCUUUAAAAUUGUGCCCUACAACACAGAGACACUCGAUAAACUGCUCACUGAGUCCCUGAAGAACAACAUCCCCGCAAGUGGACUUCACCUCUUUGGAAUCAACCAGCUGGAAGAAGAAGAUAUGAUGACAAAUCAGAGGGAUGAAGAGCUGCCCACCUUGUUGCAUUUUGCUGCGAAGUACGGACUGAAGAACCUCACUGCUUUGUUGCUCACCUGCCCGGGAGCCCUACAAGCAUACAGUGUGGCCAACAAACACGGCCACUACCCCAACACCAUUGCCGAGAAACAUGGCUUCAGGGACCUGCGGCAGUUCAUCGACGAAUACGUGGAAACUGUGGACAUGCUGAAGAGUCACAUCAAAGAGGAACUGAUGCAAGGGGAGGAGGCCGACGACGUGUAUGAGUCCAUGGCCCACCUUUCCACAGACCUGCUCAUGAAAUGCUCUCUCAACCCGGGCUGUGAUGAGGAACUGUACGAGUCCAUGGCCGCCUUCGUCCCCGACGCCACUGAAGACCUCUAUGUUGAAAUGCUUCAGGCAAGUACAUCUAAUCCAAUCGCUGGAGAAAGUUUCUCCCGGAACACUAAGGACUCUAUGAUCCGCAAGUUUUUAGAAGGCAAUAAUGUGGGCAUCGCCGCUUUGGAGAAGGAGCCGUUCCAUCAUGAUCCGGAAGAUGUUUAUCACACAGUGGAAGACGAUGAGGCCUUUUCCCUGGACCUGGCCAGCAGGCCCCCCGUCCCAGUGCCCAGGCCAGAGGCCAGUGCUUCUGGUGCUCACCAGGUGCCCGACAAUGAACCGUACAUUUCCAAAGUUUUUGCAGAGAAAAGUCAAGAGCGGCCUGGGAAUUUCUAUGUUUCCUCAGAGAGCGUCAAGAAAGAGCCUCCGGUCAGACCGUGGAGAGACAGGCCCCCGUCAAGUAUAUAUGAUCCUUUUGCUGGGAUGAAAACGCCAGGCCAGCGGCAGCUCAUCACCCUCCAGGAGCAGGUGAAGCUGGGCAUCGUCAACGUGGACGAAGCCGUGCUCCACUUCAAAGAGUGGCAGCUCAACCAGAAGAAGCGGUCGGAAUCCUUUCGCUUCCAGCAGGAAAAUCUUAAACGACUAAGAGAUAGCAUCACCCGAAGACAGAGAGAGAAGCAAAAAACAGGAAAGCAGACAGCCUUGGAGAUCACCGUCCCAAUUAGGCACUCACAGCUGCUGCCCAGCAAAGUGGAGAUUGGAGUCUAUGAGAGUGGCCCCAGGAAAAGCGUCUUCCCCGCAAGGACGGAGCUAAGACGGGGAGACUGGAAGACAGACAGCACCUCCAGCACAGCGAGCAGCACGAGUAACCGAUCCAGCACUCGGAGCCUCCUCAGUGUGAGCAGCGGGAUGGAGGGGGACAAUGAGGAUAAUGAAGUCCCUGAGGUUACCAGAAGUCGGAGUCCAGGCCCCCUACAAGUGGACGGAACACCCACCCUGCCCAUCGAUAGGCCCCCCAGGGUGCCUCCCCGAGCGGCCUCACAGAGGCCUCCAACCAGGGAGAUCUUCCAUCCUCCUCCGCCCGUUCCUCGCAGAGGUCGUUGAUUCCACCUCCUAGAAGCUGCCUACUCCAGGACUUUGAGACGAGCAGUUCCCAGCCUGCUAAUGAUGUCUUCAUGUUACGUUUUAUGGCAUGACUGCUGACCUUGAGACCCACUCUCAUUACUGAUAUUGUUGCAGCCCUGCUGGUUUGGGCUUUCCUUAAAGAAGAUAUUAUUAAGGCAUGAAGGAGGGGAAAACUAAGGACUUUAGUCACCAUUGCCAAGUAUGUUGAUCCAUACCCUUGUUUGCCAAAAGGAUGAAGACUUAAUUGGGAUCUUUACCUCUAACUUGACAUGUCAGAAGCCUGAAAGAUUGGUUAGAAAUGUGCAUUACAAGUGAUUUUACUGAAAUGCAUUUAUAUUAGGCCUUACUUGUUAGUCCAGACUAAUUUCUACAAGUGGUUAUGAUUUAGUACUUACAGUAUUCAAGUAAGAAGACAUACCCUGAUUUUUAAAUGAUUCUUCAACUUUUCUGUUGAACUGGCCAGCACUGUUCCUUCAUCUUGUAUUAAAACCUGUGAGCAGAUACCCAACUGUGUACAUAACGAAGUAUGAAGACUGAGAGACUGUGAACAGGAGGCUGGUGUGGCAGGAGGGUGUGUAAAUGCCAGGGCUGGUCACAGGCAACAAUCUGAAAAAGCCUUUAGAGCCAUCUCCCCUUAUCUAGAAGUCAAAGCUGAGGUUCCCAGAAGUCUGGAGCUGAGAGUGUUUGGUUGGCUAGAGGAAGAGGCAGUUCAGAACCUGGGCCUGCCAAUUCCAGGGGACCACACUUUCCAUCUCCAAAUAGCCAAGCCCUCUCCCUCAAGAAGUGCCCAGAUGUAGAAAUUCAGUCAGUGACUGACGCUUGUCCUCCAGAAGUUUCUUUCUUCCAUGAUCUCCCAGGUAUGGAACUACCAUGUACUUCCCCCCAAACUUGGCAUUAACACUUCAGUGUGCUUUCAAAGAAGUGAUGCUGCCAAGGAGCAUCUAUUAGUGGUUGGGACCAGAAGCUUGGGAUGGGACCCAUUUAUUGCUCUGCCGUCUUUACAGGUCUCAGUUCUGGCCAUAAAGAGAGAGGGGGUCCUUGGCAUUUUCUCUGCUAAGGGGUCCGAAGGGGAAGGAAGAAACCUAAAGCAGAAAUAGUUAUUUCCUUAUACACCUAUUAUUACCACUGGGCUUGGGAAAUCUGUUUGUGCAGAGAAUAUAGAGCCUAAAGUAUGUCAUUAAUUUUGAGUUCCUGCCACAUCAAUCUACCUUCAAAACACAGGUCCUUAAUUUGAUAUUUAACCAUAUAAUAAAAUUAGUAUUGGACCUAUUUCUUUAAAAAAUGUCAUAAAUCUUGUGGUUUUCCAGGAAAUUAUUCUCUGUCCACACAGAUGUAUAAAAGCCACACUAUUAAAGAUCAUUUAGUACAGUUUUAUUGGGUUCUUUUUUAAUAAUGAAAGGUUCUUUUUUGAUCUCAUUCCUCAAUCCAGCGAACAAGGACUAUUGAAGUUAAUAGCUUCUGAGAUCUUGGUGGUUGUUUUUUUCUGACAUAAAAUACACUAUUGGCCAUGACCAUCAAGAGAGUGUUUGUGCACCUGGCUGGGUGACUCAGUUGGUUGGGGCAUCGUCCCAUACACCAAAAGGUUGCAGGUUCGGUUCCAGGUCAGGGCACAUACAUAGGUUGUGGGUUUGAUCCCCAGUUGGGGCAUGUAAGGGAAGCAACAGAUCAAUGUUUCUCGCAUCGAUGUUCUCUCUCUCUCUCUCUCUCUCUCUCUCUCUCUCUCUCUCUCUCUCUCUACAUAUCCUUGGGUGAGGAUAAAAGAAAAAGAGAGAGACAGUGUGUGUGUUUAUGCAAAUUACCUACCUUAUGCCUGGCACAUAGUAGCCACUCUGCAAUGGCCCCUUUACUCUCCUUGUCACUGUUUUGGGAGAAAGAGGGAAUUGUGAGAUAAAAGGAGAACAAGACAUUAUCCUGUUGGUAUGGUUGUCCUCUCUGUUAUUUAUAGACAGUCUCUGUAUUUGCCACACUUGAUUUUGAUAAAAGCUACACUUUUAAAAUAUUCAAUACCUCUAAUCCCUGCUUUGGAUGCCAGACUUAUAUUUUUGUGCAUUCUCUGAUUGACCAACUUUUAAAUCAAUAACAUGAUGAAACCUAUUGCCAGUCAAUAGAGUCAGCAUCUUUAUAUGCACAUCAUUGUUUGUGCAAUACUGAAAUAUCUUACUGCCUAUGUGAAAAUAAGUGGAAAACAUAAAAUUGAAAGAGCUAUUGAGAAACCUGGGUCUCAUUAAUGUGAUAUACUUGAGACAUGGAUGGAGGUGAUCAGGAGUGUCAAGUC